AUGAACUCCUUCUUCUCUCCACGAAUCUGUCGUCCAGGCUCUUCAUUCGGUCAAAUUGCUCAAAGACAACUAACCGCUAAUGAGGCUGCAGUUGCGUUGAGACCUUUCUAUUUCCUCGUUCAUCCCGAUCGUUUCGCUCAAUUGCCAAAGAUUCGUGAUCAGAACGAAAAAUCGUUACAAAUAUUUAAUGGUUAUUUAAACGAUUUAUACCCGAGUCAACCAAUUCUUUCAAGCAAUAGACCGAUUGAGAUCUCUUUCUCCAUUCAUAACAGAGAAACAAAAGAAAUAGAAGAUGUAAAAAUCAGCCUCUCCGGAACGGAUCCACAUCGAAUUGUGACCCAAGCACUCGAAAAAUGUCGUCUACCAACAAAAAAUCUUCCUCGUUUUACAAUUCGAUCAAAAUCCCCACCAGUUCAUUCAAAUUGGAAUCCACCGGAAGAUUUAAUGGCUAUGUAUUUAAGAAAAAAGCGUAAAGAUCCACCAGCUAAUGAUAUUUUUGCUCGAUUGAAUGGAAAAAGAGAACAAGCUAUUCGAAUGAGUAAAGAUCAUGAAAUCACGAAAAUCACGAUGAAAGAUGAUAUCGAUGAAUUGAAAUGGAAAACCGGUUUGAGAGAUGUUUUAUGGCAGAUGGAUUGGACCGAGACGCAUAUGCGCCGAUGUGUACAGGGAGUGUUAAGGCUGUUGAAACAAGCGGGUCCAGAAAUGAAAGAAAUCAUCUUGACAGCGUUGUACAAAAGCACACUGAGAUUCGGUCGAGGUUCAUUCGUUUGCUGUGACGGAAGUCUUCAAUUUGCGGCUGAUCAUGUGCCAGAGCAAUGGCAAAAGGUUUGCGAAGAGGCGGCAGUUCGUCGAGCUCAGUUGCCAAAUUUGCACGCAAUGACGGCAAAGCUCAAAGAGUUGUUGCCUGGGUCGAUCAUUUUAACGCCAAAUCAUCGCGGGCUAGCGCAAACGAUUCAACAAAUGCACACACUGAUUGUCAGAAUCGAAAACCGAGAGCCCUCAUUGAAGAAAAAGUUGAAGAAAUACACGGAUGGAGCCGUGAUUGAAGUAAUGACAUCGUAUGAUGAGCUGAAUCUCGGAGUAGACGGUCGACUUUGUAUUCCUUGUAAUGUUGAUGUCACCGCUCUCCUCGAAUUUCUCAUUUCAAAAGCGUUUGAAGGAAAAAAUUUACAAGAAACUGUGAACGUUGCAUUGAAAGAAUUGGAACAAGAGGCGUCGAUUGUUUCGAGUGAAUUGGGUUUUUCGUGUCUCGAUUGGGAAGGAGGGUUGCCGAUCGAUGGAGUGCUAAAGAGUUUGCGCCGAUUGCGGACGAUUAAUCAACAAACGAGGGAUCUCCUCAAAGGUCUUCACGUUCGUUUCUCCUCGAAUUCGACGGUUUCGAUUGUCGGUGAUGGAAAAAUAAUGAUCCCGUUGAAUUGGGUU